UCACCAUUAUCUAUCAACUAUCCCUCCUUCCCUCCGCGCCUCCCUCUCUCUCUCUAGAAUCUUUAUCUCUCCUAGGGUUUGCUUCUUCUUCUUCCUUCCUUCCUUUCCAGUGCGCGCAUACAGUGUCCGGACUCUCUCUCUAGGGUUUAUCGGACUGUUUGUUUUUCUUGUUCUUUAUUUUUUUUAAAUUGCCUUGCUUGUCUCUCUGAUUAUGGCGGCCGAGAAGCUUCGGGAUUUGAGCCAGCCGAUUGACGUCGGCCUGCUCGACGCCACCGUCGCCGCCUUCUACGGCACCGGAUCUAAGGAAGAGAGGUCAGCUGCAGACCAGAUCUUGCGGGACUUGCAAAACAAUCCUGAUAUGUGGCUCCAAGUUGUGCACAUUCUACAAAACACAAAGAACCUAAAUACCAAGUUCUUUGCGUUGCAGGUCCUAGAAGGUGUUAUCAAGUACAGAUGGAAUGCAUUGCCUGUUGAGCAGAGAGAUGGAAUGAAAAAUUACAUAUCUGAUGUAAUUGUGCAGCUUUCAAGCAAUGAGGCUUCUUUUCGGAUGGAGAGACUGUAUGUCAACAAAUUGAAUAUCAUAUUGGUUCAGAUUUUAAAGCAUGAUUGGCCAGCAAGAUGGCGAAGCUUUAUUCCUGAUCUUGUUUCAGCUGCUAAAACCAGUGAAACAAUUUGUGAGAAUUGCAUGGCUAUAUUGAAGCUUCUAAGCGAAGAGGUUUUUGAUUUCUCAAGGGGAGAGAUGACUCAAAAUAAGAUUAAAGAGCUUAAGCAAUCAUUGAACAGUGAGUUUCAACUCAUUCAUGAGUUAUGCUUAUAUGUUCUAUCAGCAUCUCAAAGAACUGAGCUUAUACGUGCAACACUGUCCACAUUACAUGCUUUCCUCUCGUGGAUUCCUCUAGGCUAUAUUUUUGAGUCUCCAUUGCUUGAAACACUACUGAAAUUUUUUCCCAUGCCAUCUUAUCGGAACCUCACCCUUCAGUGUUUAACAGAGGUUGCAGCUCUCAGUUUCGGAGAUUUCUACAAUGUGCAAUAUGUUAAGAUGUACAAUAUAUUCAUGGCGCAGUUGCAGACUGUUCUCCCUCUGAAUACAAACAUUCCCGAGGCUUAUGGACAUGGGUCUAGCGAAGAACAGGCUUUCAUUCAGAAUUUGGCCUUGUUUUUCACUUCAUUUUUUAAGUCUCACAUCCGUGUAUUGGAAGCCCCUGGAGAUAAUAUAGCUGCAUUGCUUAUGGGUCUUGAAUAUCUUAUUAAAAUAUCGUAUGUGGAUGACACAGAAGUUUUUAAGGUUUGCUUAGACUAUUGGAAUUCAUUUGUGUUGGAGCUAUUUGAGGCACACCAUAAUUUGGAUAAUCCUGCAGUAGCAGCCAAUAUGAUGGGUUUGCAGAUUCCUAUGCUUCCUGGUAUGGUUGAUGGCAUUGGCUCUCAACUUAUGCAAAGACGGCAACUAUAUGCUGAGCCGAUGUCAAAGUUAAGGAUGCUUAUGAUUUCUCGUAUGGCCAAGCCAGAAGAGGUUCUCAUUGUUGAAGACGAAAAUGGGAACAUUGUUCGUGAAACCAUGAAGGACAAUGAUGUUCUUGUUCAAUAUAAGAUCAUGAGGGAGACUCUGAUAUAUUUGUCACAUCUUGAUCAUGAUGACACCGAGAAGCAGAUGCUAAAGAAGCUUAGCAAACAAUUGAGUGGUGAGGAUUGGAAUUGGAACAACUUGAACACGCUAUGCUGGGCAAUAGGGUCUAUAUCUGGUUCGAUGAUGGAAGAACAGGAAAACAGGUUUUUGGUGAUGGUCAUUCGUGACUUACUGAAUCUUUGUGAAAUUACAAAGGGCAAAGAUAACAAAGCCGUUAUUGCCAGUAACAUUAUGUAUGUUGUUGGACAAUAUCCGAGGUUUCUAAGAGCUCAUUGGAAGUUCUUAAAAACUGUCGUGAACAAAUUGUUUGAGUUCAUGCAUGAAACUCAUCCUGGUGUUCAGGAUAUGGCCUGUGACACAUUCUUGAAGAUUGUGCAGAAGUGUAAGCGUAAAUUUGUAAUCGUUCAGGUUGGGGAAAAUGAGCCAUUUGUAUCUGAACUUCUAUCAGGCCUUCCAACGACUGUUGCAGAUCUUGAACCUCACCAGAUUCAUACGUUUUAUGAAUCUGUUGGUCACAUGAUUCAAGCAGAAACUGAUUCUAAGAAAAGGGACGAGUAUCUACAGAGGUUGAUGGACCUGCCCAAUCAGAAAUGGGCAGAAAUUAUAGGUCAGGCACGUAUAAGUGUUGAUUUCCUAAAGGAUCAGGAUGUGAUAAGGACAGUUCUGAACAUAUUGCAGACAAAUACAAGUGUUGCUAGUUCCUUGGGUACUUAUUUCUUACCCCAAAUUUCCUUGAUCUUUCUGGACAUGCUUAACGUGUACAGGAUGUACAGUGAGCUUAUAUCUAGCAGUAUUGCAGAAGGGGGCCCCUUUGCAUCGAAAACAUCCUAUGUGAAACUUCUAAGAUCGGUUAAGAGGGAGACUCUGAAGCUUAUUGAGACUUUCUUGGACAAAGCGGAAGAUCAACCCCAGACAGGAAAACAAUUUGUGCCCCCGAUGAUGGAUCCUGUUCUUUUAGAUUAUGCUAGGAAUCUGCCCGAUGCUAGAGAAUCAGAAGUUUUAUCUCUAUUUGCCACAAUAAUAAACAAGUACAAAGGUGCAAUGACAGAUGAUGUGCCACGUAUUUUCGAAGCUGUUUUCCAGUGCACUUUGGAGAUGAUUACUAAGAACUUUGAAGACUAUCCUGAGCAUCGUCUCAAGUUCUUUUCAUUACUACGUGCCAUUGCAACACAUUGUUUUCCAGCUUUGAUUCACUUAUCAAGUCAGCAACUAAAGCUUGUCAUGGAUUCAAUUAUAUGGGCUUUUCGGCACACAGAAAGAAAUAUUGCAGAAACUGGGCUCAACCUGUUACUAGAGAUGCUGAAGAACUUUCAGAAUUCUGAGUUCUGCAACCAAUUUUACCGGACAUACUUUUUGACCAUUGAGCAAGAAAUAUUUGCUGUUUUGACGGAUACCUUUCAUAAGCCUGGGUUCAAGUUGCAUGUCUUGGUGCUUCAACAUUUGUUUUGCCUGGUGGAAACUGGCCUGUUGACUGAGCCUUUGUGGGAUGUUGCAACGGUUUCAUACGCUUAUCCAAGUAAUGCAAUUUUUGUUCGUGAGUACACCAUAAAACUCCUAAGUACGUCGUUUCCCAACAUGACUGCUGCAGAGGUCACUCAAUUUGUGAAUGGUGGGCUGUUUGAAUCGAGGAAUGACCUCUCCACAUUUAAGAAUCAUAUACGAGACUUUCUUGUGCAAUCGAAAGAAUUUUCUGCGCAGGACAACAAGGACCUUUAUGCUGAGGAGGCAGCUGCUCAAAGAGAAAGAGAGCGGCAAAGAAUGCUUUCCAUACCAGGACUUAUUGCCCCUAAUGAGAUACAAGAUGAGAUGUUGGAUUCAUAGACCGCUAAUUUUAGCGGAGCUAAUUGUGUGAAUGAAGCGGAGUUUCUGUGGGUGCCUUGAUUCAUUUACUCGAACCUGCGGAUGUGAAGAGAUGCAACAGUUUACCCCUGUUAUUAGUUUCAAGAAUUUCUUUAGCCAAAAGUAGUAGAACCACAGAGGCGCCCCGUGUACCAUGGUUUGGUUGCUGGCAGUGCUGCCUCACGUUGAUUUGAUGGGUGUAGAUUAUUUUAGUGCUGAUUUAGGAAAACACAGGAGUCAUUGGUACGGUUUUGCUGGAUCCACUCAUAAUUUGUAUUUUGAUGGAUGGGACGCAAAGACUGUUUGGAUGACUCAUUUUGAAACUAUUGAUGAUUCGUCUUAGGUGUAAUGUAUACUAACUUCGCCGAGUUGUGCAGAAAUUACCUUUGGUUCUUUUUUUUUCUUUUUUUUGGUUUAAUUUAUUCAUAGGAUGGGUUGUGUUUAAAGAUUCUGUUCGAGGAUGUUGAUUUUUGU